AUGGGCUCCAUUCCACGCGACGACACUCUUGAGACUCAGGUCGACCUGACCAUCAUCGGUGGUGGACCAACUGGCCUGCUCACGGGCUAUCUGGCAGAGCAGUUGGGCGUCUCGGUGUGCAUUAUUGGUGAGUCUGGCGAAAAGGCCCCCGAGUCAGGACAUGGCUUUAACGUGCAUCCAGAUAGCAAGCAAGGCCCUCUGGAACUGGGCAGAGCCGAUGCGCUCAACGCUCGCACGCAGCAGUACCUUGAAGUGGUUGGCAUCCUCGACGAGCUCAUCCCCCAAGGCAUCACCUGCAACACAAGCUCCACCUUUGCGGAUGGUGACUUCAAGUCGCGCCAGAGCCACUGGUGGACUAGUCUCGAGCACUGCUUCCGCAAGAACUUUCUGAUGAUCGGCCAGCCGGUCGUUGAGAAGGUCCUCGCGGAAAGGCUCACUACGUCCAUCAGCUAUGGUGAAACUGUGUCGUCCAUCUCAGAAGACAAGUCUGGCGUCACCACGACGACCAGCAAGGGUCGUAUUAUCCGUAGUAGAUACGCGGUGGGAGCCGACGGCGCGCGCUCCACCGUUCGCAACACGCUUGGCAUUAGCUUCACCGGCACUAAGCCCGAGAUGAUAUGGGCCGUGCUGGACACCUUCAUCGAUACCACCUUCCCAGUGUGUUCAGAGAUCAUUACCUUCCAGCUCAACGGCCAGAGCCGGAUCUCGUGGAUCCCGCGAGAGCGCGGCAUGGCGCGAUUCUACGUCCUGCUCGACGGCGAGAUCACGCAAGAAAAGGCGGAGAACUCGAUCCGCGAGCACAUGGCCCCCCAUCGGGUGGACUUCAAGAAGACGGAGUGGUUCAGCACAUUUGACGUGAAGGAGCGCAUUGCAGGAACCUUUAUUUCCCAAAACGGCGGCGGUCGCAUCCUCUUGGCGGGUGAUGCAGCACAUGUUCACUCUGUCAACGGCGGCCAGGGCCUCAACACGGGUAUUGCCGACUCGUUCGCCCUGUCGUGGAGGCUGGCAAGCAUCCUCACGAACGAUAAGCUCAGCCCAGAGGCGACGGACAAGCUGAUUAGGAGCUAUGAUAUCGAGCGGCGCACUGUCGCUCAGAGUGUCAUUGACGUCGCGGCGGCAUUGGUCAGGGACACAAUCAAGACGGCAAAGGAGUACGUCUCCACAAUCGAGAAGAACGCUGGGUACAUCACAGGCAUGGGUGUCUCUUAUGACGGCACUGGAUCGCCCCUAAUCCAGGAAUCUUGUCGAGGCAUCUGGACCGCUGGGCGGCGGUGUCCCGAUGUCUUCCUGACGCCCACAUCCGAAGAGGAGCCGAGGCGUCUAUACGACCUCGUUGCAGGCAAGUACGGUAAGCACCUGGUGCUCAAGAUUGGACGACAAGCACACGGCCCCGUCCUGUCGGGCGAUCUCCAGGGCUUAGCCAGGCUGUUCAACGUCGCACCCCACAAGGCGGAGGCUAACGGGACGGGAGCCGAGGGCUCUGCAGCGACGGGAUCGUCCUUCACGGCCGAUUGGGCGGCCGACGAUGACAACUUCACGGUUGUCGUCAGGCCAGACAUGUAUGUUGGUUACGUCGGCCAGGGUGAGGGGUGGCAGGAUUACUUAUCAUACUUGACUCAGUCCUAG